UCAUCAUGUGACAUGUGGAGGAAAGCCUGUGGUCAGUGCUGAGGAAGACAGAUAGAGCUGUGAACACACAAAGCUCUUCAUCCAAACUCACAGAACAUCAGACGGACAGACGGCAGCUGCACAGACAGAUGAACACAGUACAAAAACUUCAUCAGUUUUUCAUCAUGCGAGCCAUCGUCAGCACCCUCCUCUUCCUCACGAUGCAGAACUGUGACGUCACAGGCAGCGGUUGCCAUGACGACAGAGACAAGGACCACCGUCCGCGUGUAAGUUGCGUGAAUCAAGGGCUGACUGCUCUUCCUGGAGGGAUCGAGCCGCUCGCACAAGUUCUGGUUCUCACGGGAAACCGCUUCACUUCUCUUUCCUGGUCUGAUUAUUCUGAAUUCACACACCUGUAUGAGCUGGAUCUGAGUCACAAUGACAUCGCAGCGCUGGAACCGCCAGGUCCGGUGCUGGAGAAGUUGAGUGUGUUGCGUCUGUCAGGUAACAGGUUGACUGGUUUGGGUGGCGGGGUGUUCCGUUGCGCUCCCAGUCUGAUGGAGAUUUACUUAAGUGGCAAUCGGAUUCGUUCUCUUCACGACGCCACCUUCAGUGAUUUGCAGCGUCUGGAAGUGAUCCAUCUUUCUGGAAACAAGCUUCCCGCCCUCCCAGUGCAUCUCCUGGAGCGAGUGUCCUCCGGCGGCCUGAAGACGUUUGACUUGGAGAACAACAGCGUCUCGCUGAUGCCUGAUGGGUUCUUCUCCUCGAAACCCGAGUUGCCAUAUGUUUACUUGUCCUACAACCCUUGGCUGUGCAGCUGUUCAGUGGGAUACCUCCACAGCUACCUGAAUGACCAGGACCAUAACGUCUACAAACACGGAGGUCCCAACGACAUCGUUCCGGGUGCGGAUAGCGUAUUAUGUGCCGGGCCACCUCACCUGAGUGGCCGGCCCAUUAUUGACCUGAAGGAGGACGACUUCUGCCCACCAGAACCAACGCUUCCUCUUCCCUUGUACUCCGGCGGAGACCUGGAUUCGAUAGACUUUGAUGUUAUGAGCCCGCCCGAUGCACAUGUGACCACCACUCACACCCCAUCCCACCCCAUCCCGUCGGUUGAGUCGUGGACCUACAUCUGGUAUGAACUCUGGACACAUAGACAGACAGAGUCCAAGUAUUGGUUCUGGUCAAAAGUGACUCCAACAGAGUCUAGUCCACUCACUUCAUCAGAACAUUUCACUGAAGAUUCCACCGCUGACACAAUACUGAUGACACAAUCAACCAUUUCGAACAGCACACGACCUCAGACAACCACUCUGACCCCUGACCGACCCACACCCCUAAAGACCACCCGGAGCAUCACUGCUCCACCCAGACAUCAAACCUCAACCGAAUCAACUUCUGUCCAACCCAAAGCCACGAGCACGGGUCCGCAGCGGCCUGAUGGAGCAGAUGGUCGUGUUGCGGGUGUCAGGGUGUUGCCGUGGUGCUGGUGGUUAUUCGCUGGGUUUGUGUUGCUGUGUUUGUUGUCUGCGCUCACUUGCUGUUUCCUGUUCCUGUGGCUCUUAAGGAACUACCUCCUUCUCUACCGCAGACUCCAGCGUUACGGCCCGAGGCGCUCGGAUGGCGACGGGGUCACCUUGCGAGCGUACAGACGCGCUGAAAGCACAGAGCCACUAGGAGAGGAGAGCGAGGAUAGGGUGACGUUUUUAACACCAGAGCAGAUUAAAGACACUCAAACCGUGUUCCGCAGCGUUCUGUACAUCUCUAAAGAAGAACGUGAGUCACUGAGGGAUGUCCAAACAGGGGAUAACGGAAGAGACACAUCUAUCACAGCAGCAGAGCGAGAGAGAGCUGUGACGUUCAGGAAAACUCUGUACAGAGUGAUAAGUGAAGAACAGUCACACAACAGAUGGACGGAAGAAGACGAGCACUGGGACGAGAACGCAGAGAGAAGAACCACUCGCUACAGUCUCAUUCUGAAAGAAAACACAGGAAGAGAGACAAACGUCGAGUGGCUGAUGGGGGAAUGGGAGAUGGGAGAAAGGGGCGUGGUUUAUGAGAGAGAUCCCGCUCUCUGAUCAGACAGGAGGACAGCGUGUUGCCUUUCUCGUCUUCCCUGGAAUGAACCGCUUGUCAUUUGAUGAGGAUGAGCAUAGAUUGAUCAUAAUAAAUUGUUUUGAAGACAAUCCAUGCUCUUCUUGUAUAGAGAUGAUAAUAGAAAUCAACAUUCAUCAGGUUAUGUUCUAACUCCAUCAUCAAACCUGAUUUAGACUUGACAAUGGUUCACUGAAACCAUCAAUACAUGUGACCGAAGAAAAGAACAGAAGACAAAUAGAUGCUGUUUUUAAAACUUUUUAACAAAUUAUUAUUUCAUCUCACCCUAAUCAUUAAUUUUCAAAACACAUUAAAAUGAUUUCUAAAUUUGAUUGCAGCUCUUGUUUUGAUUUCCGCAAGAAAAUGAUCAAGUGUCAAACAAUACCGAAGCCAUCUUCAUACUGUCUGUAGUAUUGCCAACACGAAUCUUGUGCCAGCAAAUCUCAACUCAACUCAAUUGUUACAAAGCAGCUGUACAUGAAAGAACAACAAAGUGAACACACACAGAACACAGACACGCACACAG